ACAGGAUGAGGUCUUAGAUUUAGGUUCUAGAACUAGAAAGCUUAGGUACUAGAAGUAGAAAGGGCAUCUUCAUUGAAAAAAAGUCUAUUCGGACACGUCUAGAAGAUUUGAGAAAACACUUUUAGGUCGGUGACAAAACAAUGGCGAGGUCUUACGACUCUGACGAUGGCGAAGGGGAGACCCGCCAGUGGGCCCCGAAGCAAGGUAGUGCCACUUCUAACAACAAGAAGAACGGAGGCGGUGGCGGUCGUAAUAAUAGACCAUCAGGAGCAAAUGACAAGCCUUCGUCAACAACAUCAAUAAAGGUAUCUUCCUCAGCGGAGAAUAAAAAUCACACCAAAAUAAAUGUGAGCACCAACAGCAGUCAGGAGGAGGGGGACAACUACUCUAACGGGUUCAAGAGUCGUACCACUGCCACGACGCGUGCGUUCUUGACCGACAAACGCUUUGCUGAUCUUCCAGAAGAGCAGGUGUCUGAGGAGUCUCAACUGGCAAUGAAGGACAUGGGGUUCGAGUUCAUGACAAAGGUGCAAGCUGAGUCUUUGCCACCGAUUUUAUCCGGAAAAGACGUCUUUGCGAAAGCCAAAACGGGUACGGGGAAAACGAUUGGAUUCUUGCUACCUACGUUGGAAAAAGCUUGGAGGAUCAAAGACAGCCGUCUAGUACCUACAACGAAGAAGAUGACAAUCACCUCUCUAGUCCUCUCUCCGACAAGGGAAUUGGCUUCGCAGAUUCAUGAAGAAGCUUUAGCUCUGACGAAAUAUUGGCCUAGUGGAGACUCUGACUCAGAUGGGUUUUCUUCCCUUCUUUUCUAUGGUGGAGUGGACAUCAAACGAGAUCAACGAGCUUUGAACGCGGUGGGAAACAAAUCUUCUGGCUCAAGAACUGUGGAUCUUCUGGUCGUUACACCCGGAAGGAUCUACGAUCAUUUGCAGAAAAACACUGCAGGAAUUUGCGAGAGCUUCUUCACUGCGAAAAACGACAAGGAAGAUCUGUUCACCCUCAUCUUGGACGAAGCAGACCAGCUGCUGGAGCUGGGCUUCCGCGAUGCGAUUUGUAAGAUCGUAGAAUACUUGCCGCAGAAGCAGAAGCGGCAAUCGUUGCUGUUCUCUGCGACGUUGUCAAAGCAGGUCGAGAACGUGCUCAAAUUGGUGCUCAAGAACGACGACCCCAGUAAAUUUGAGUUCGUGGAUACGUCCAAGAACGACGCGCCUCCUGCAGCGAUUACACAGAGUUUAGUCGUGUGUCCAAGAUUUGACAUUUUGGAAACGUUCUACGCCAUGCUGUUGGAAAUUAUCCUCUUCUCGAACUCGAAGAGCUGCUCACAAGAAAACCAAAAGGAGCCAAAAAAGGUGAUCUGCUUCUUCUGCACUGCACGUCAGACCCAGUUUUUUGCGGAACUUGGGAAUGCUCUGUUUGCGAGUCUGAGGAAACAAGCUGCGUCUAAAGGGAACAAAGGGAAAGGCAAAGAUGCAGUUCUGAAAAAGAAACUUAGCACUGAGAUAUUCGAAAUCCACAGCCGUAAGAGUCAAGCUACACGUACAAAAACCAGCGACAAGUUUCGGGAGGCCGAAGAGGGGAUUUUGUUCAGUUCAGACGUCUCAGCAAGGGGAUUGGACUACCCGGGAGUGACGCAUGUUAUUCAGGUACUUUUGGGAAAAGGACUUGUUGUGGUCCUUCAUGUUUUUACCAAGAUGAAAUGAUGGAUAGUAUGGUGCUUUCAUUUUUGCACAGUUUGCUCACAUUCGUAGAGACAAGUAGAACAACUUCUUCGCCAUGAAUGGACAAUAAUCCAAUAGAUACAACCUGCUCCACCAUAAUCUCCACCUUGAGCCUCCAAAACCCCCUUUGUUCCUCAGGUCGGCACACCCGCCUCCAAGGAGCAGUAUACGCACCGUCUAGGCCGUACUGCGCGUGCAGGGGAAUCGGGUGAAGGGAUAUUGCUCUUGUGCGACUUCGAAGCUCACGUGAUGGGUGCUGACUUCGAACGCGGAUUGUCGAAGAAGAAGCAGGUUCUCAAGGAAUUACCUGAGGAUGGUGAUAGCAAUAAGGAAGGUUUGUCUUCUUCUAAAAAUGCUGAUGUUUUGGAUACGCUCUGCAACUCGAGCUCCAAGACAUCAACCACAGGGGGUCCUUCUCUGGAAGACAUCGCUCGGAGUCUUCGUACUACAGACACAUUUGUUAAGGGUUAAUCAAUUACAUCCCCCACAACCGUUCCUCACUCUUUUUCCAGUAGGAAAGAGGUGAGGGAUGUUCUGAAGAAUGUAAUUCUGCAACCUUUAAAUUUGGGGAACUCUUGGACGAAUCCGACUCCAAGUCGGCUAUCGACGAUAAAACCAAAGAUCAGUGCUACGUUGCUUGGCUUGGGUACUACAAUGGCUUGUGUCCGAAACGCAUCCCCUGGAGCAAAGCGGAACUGGUAGAACAGGCCAAUUUGUAUGCGGACUACGUGCUGUUCUGCAGUGAACAGCCAUCGUUGAUGAAGAAAACGGUUGGCAUGAUGGGUCUGAAAGGAGUGCCUGGGCUGAAGAUCGAAGGCGCCGAGAAGAUGAAAAGUGGCGGUGGAAAGAAUUCUGGAGAACGCGGAAAGAAUUCUGGAGGUGGUAAGAAGGGUGGAUCAGGUAAGGGUGAAUCAAAGGGGGGACGUGGAUCGAAAGGGGAAUCUUCUAGCAAGGGUGCUUCUUCAAAAGGCGGAAAAGGAAAAGGCAAAGGAGGCAAGAACGGUGAAGAUCGAAGUUUUGCUCCUGAAAGUAGAACUUCCGACAACUAUGGACCUGCUUCUAGCAGUGGUCGUGGUAGCAAGGGUGGCGAUUCCAAGAAUGGAAAAGGAGGCGGCAAGGGCAACAACAACGCUAAUUAUAAGGGAAAGGGAAAGAACAAAGACUCAAAAUAACAUUAGAUGAGCGUGAUUAAUAUAGUUGAAGUCGUUGUCGUAGGUCCAAUGCGAAUCGACUAACAUCAUUGUUGAUGUCUACUACUCCUUCCGCCUCUAACUUAGUCGUCUGCGACUGAGUUUUCUAUGACAUAGUACUGAAGGUCGAUCCUUGUCUCUUCUUUCUUUUAUAAGUCUAUCCCCGUAAGGCGAGUCUUCACAUUAGAGACUCUGUUAAGUUUAUGUACUUGAUAAGUCUGUAAUAUUUGAUAGCACGUCCUCUGCGAAAUGGAUCUUCAUGGAAGGCGAGCAGCACUCACUGAUAUUAAAACAGAACUACAUAUUAGCCGUGAAGAGCAAGAUGCGGUACCUCAAAAUCAACAGAGCCUUGUUGUGUGGUCGACGAACAAUCGUUAUCGUGGUCCUUUUUUCGAACGGAAGAGACUGUGACUUAUGACGACGAGAACCAUUACGUACCCGUGUUCGUUCGCGGAUUCGUGUCUACAGGAUAUCAAUUGGAGAGAACUUCUACUCGUGAGGAAAAAA